AUACGCAAAACCUUAGAGUGACAUUCAAGUAAUUCUCAGCAAACCGAACUCAUAUAUAUAUAUAUAUAUAUAUAUAUAUAUGGAUACAGAGACUAGAGAUAAUUACGGCGCUCCUCCACCAGUAGUCAGGAGUACUACUAUCGGAUAUAAUGAAGAGAAAGAGCCUUCCCUUGUUUCUCUUAUUGGAGGACUGGCAGAAAAAACUGGCAUGCAUGGACUGCCAAAUGUUCAAAGAUCCAGCAGUCAUUGUCGAAAAUUCUUUUGGUUAUUUAUAACAGUAUCAGGCUUAGGCUUGCUUAUCUGGCAAAUAGUGAUGGCAGUUCAGCAAUUCUAUUCGUAUCCUACUACUACUACAGAAAUAUCUCAAAAUACUCCAUCUCUUCAGUUUCCUGCAGUAACCAUUUGUAAUUUAAAUCCUGUUAGAGUACACGCUAUUCAUGAAGCCGGUGAGGAUAUUAGAUCACUCUUUAGAGGAAGAGAAUCAAAUGAAAAUGGGGAAGUGAACGAUAGGCCUCCGAAGUUUUUUAAUUGGGACACAGAAGAAGACGACAUAGAAGAUGAGGAUUUUACAAGGAGUACCAAAUUUAUUCAAUAUUUUGCUGCAUUGGAACCAAAGGAUCGAAAAGCAAUUGGCUCUAACAUAUCAUCUCUAUUAAUUUCAUGCACAUUUAACGGUCGUAAAUGUGGUCCAAAGAACUUUACUUACUUUAGCAACUAUUUGUAUGGUAAUUGUUUUACAUUCAAUGCUUUCUUAUCCAAAAAUUCAUCUAAACGUUUAGUUAGCAAUAAACCCGGACCACUUUACGGGCUAUCGAUGACACUUUUCAUAAAUCAGGGAGAAUAUGUUAAAGACGUGGCAGAAACAGCCGGAGCCAGAGUAAUUGUUCAUGAUCAAACAGAUAUGCCUUUUCCAGAAGAUAUGGGAAUAAGCACUGCUCCUGGAACAAUGUCAAGCAUUGGUAUUCGGCUUAUAAAACAUUUUAGAGAAGAUCCACCUCACGGAAAGUGCAAAAAUUUUACAUCUUCGGAAAUAAAGCUAAGAAAUGGUUUUCUACAAGAAUUGAAGAAUAUAUCGUAUAGUGAACAAGCUUGCAAGAAAACCUGUUAUCAACAAAACGUUAUAUUGAAAUGCGGUUGUGCAGAUCCUAUUUAUAAUUUUGAAGGCGAAGCUUUCGCUUUAGAAUCAGCUGCACAUAAAGUAGAAAUAGAACCUUGCAGACUUGAUAAUAAUACAGAAACAAUGUGCAAGAAUAAAAUUCAGACAGACUUUUCGAAUGGAAAUUUAAAUUGUCAGACAAAGUGUCCUCCGGCUUGUGUUGAAGACGAAUAUAACUUGGCUGCUAGCUACUCUGCAUGGCCGUCAAACGUUAAGAUUGUUAGUGUUCACUUUCAAAUUCGAUAGAGUCUAAUUUGUAAUUAAUUUGUUAUUAACUUUAUCAUUUUAAACUUCGUAGGGAGAUACUAUAGAUAUUCUUUUUAAUCGAAAUGAAGAAUUGUAUGAUCUAUUAACGAAUAAGCCUGUUGAAGCAAGGAAAAAUUUCGUAACUGAAAAUGUAUUAAAAGUUAACGUGUAUUUUUCCUCUCUGUCGUAUUCUCAAAUUACAACAGCAGCUUCUUAUGGGGUAAGUCAUAUAGUUACAAGAUAAUGUCAUUAAUCCUUUCGAUCAAUGUAAUUUUUCUAUAGGUGGUCAAUCUGUUAUCGGACUUGGGUGGUCAAGUUGGCUUAUGGCUAGGAUUCUCUGUAAUAACUCUGUUUGAAUUCUUCGAGUUAGCAGUCGAUGUUGGAUUUUUAUGCUGCUAUAAGUUCAAAUCAAAGUCACUACCAAAAGUUACUCCAUGAAUAAUCAAGCUAAAAUGAGGAGAAUGUCUAAGAAGAAAGAUGAUCGUGAAUAUCUUCUCACUGAGUUAGAAAACUGUUUUUACUAUCAAAAAAAAAAGAAUUUCAAAAAGAUAUUGAAUUUUGAUUGUUCAAAAGUUGAUUCAUUUACCAAAGAACAUUUAUGAAGCUACUAUUCUCAUUUAUACUGUUUACAGUCGUUUUUCUAUUUCAUUUUGUGCCAUAAUAUAUCCUGCCAUCAUAAAUAAAAUUAUUAAUAAUUUGCAGAUACGCCGAAACUAAUUUAUCGUAUGGAGCGAUUGUUAUUUAUAACACUAUCAUUAAAAUUUAACCAAUCGUUUUGAAUGGGCAUUGUAAUUGUUUGUAGCAAAGCUUUUAGUUUACGUUAUAAAAGUACUUGAACAAGUUUUUUCUAAGUAGAAUAAAGCUCCUCAUCAGCCUGAAUUGAAUAGGAGGAUUUUAAUAUUCAAUGCUAAUUCUGUGUAAUUUGUUAAGUUAUUGUUAUUAUAGCCUUGAAAAGGAAAGAUAGAGGGAAUCUUUUUUUGAAAUAUACUGAAAUAACAAUGAAAAUUAGUUUCGCAGAAAAGUAUUGUUAUAUCUAUUUUACGGAAUAUAUCAUAUUAAAAGGAUAAAAGUGUGGAUCCAACAUAUAUGGGUUAUUCACCCUUUGUCGUAAACCAGUUAAAGACGAAAUACGCAUUUCAUAUUUGAAGCAAUCGUUACAAUCGUAUAUAAAUACAAGCAAAAGGAGUGUAAAGUUCAGGAAAUAGAAAUAUACUGUAUUGAUUUUUUCGAUUUAUCCUCUUAAAUAGGGAAAUGUAAUAUUUUAAUUAUUAAAUUAGCAAAUAUAAGCACGUAGAUUUAAUGAUAUCAAUUCCUCCCCCACACCCUCUUCCUCCUCCU